UGCCAGGAGCUCCAUGAAACCCUACGCCAACUUUUCCAGCACAUCGUUGUCGUCGUCCUCCUCGCAAGCAGACUGUACACACUCCCUCUGCUUUACAUUGCCCACAAACUCAAACAGCCUCAAGACUCUUGGCAACUUGCGAGCUAGAAUCUUGGACGUGCCGGGUUGACGUUGGCGAAGUUUAAUAAACAUCACAACAAGGGGAGCGGUCCGAGAAAUGCCACAGCGAAAACAUGGAACGAACUCGGCGGCGGGGUCCCGGGCCCAGGGCAGAUCCUCAAGAAUCUGUACCCGUUGGGCACGUCGACGAGCGAGAAGGAAGAUGACCAACACUCUACCACUAUCCCGCUACCUCAUCUCAUACCCGACAACGCUCUCAUUGAGGACGUCAAGGACGAGCGGAGUGUGGAAGAUCUAAGCUCGGGCUCAACAGAAACCCCGGUAGCGGCUCCGGCUAGUGGAUUGCAGAUAUACCACGCGGCCGUGCUAAACAGUAGGACUUUAGAUGAGAUACUGGGGACUUCCGAAGCGGACGAAGCGCACCGCGGGAUUGUCGUCGAUCGAAUCUUGAUCCGCCGCAUCCCAGAGGCCUAUCUCUCUGCUGAACAUCCUGACGCCAUGGAUCAAUAUAAGCGGCAACGGUACCGCAGUGCAAGCAUUCAUAGUACUGCUGAUGGUGUGGUCCAUCAUAGCUCGGCCCAGGACAGCGCACCAGAUACUGAUGUGCAGUCGUCGAUGCAGAUUGAACCUCAUAGACCCGAGACGCCUGAUUCGGACGCCGACGCGGGCCGAUUAGAGGAUCCCGCCGAGAAUGAAAAUGUGCAUCAGGCACAGCAAAGCAGCCCAGAUUCUCACCUGUCACACGAACAUCAUGACGCCGAUCAAAGUCCGGAUUGUCACAUAAACUCGCCUCUGAAUCGCUGCCCUACCUUUGUACGUCGGCAGGCGCAAAGCCUGCUGCCCCGAAGAUCGAUAAGCGCAGGCAAGCAGUCGCCGACCCUCUCCAAAGAACAAGGUGCAAUGACCCAAGGUGCAAUGUCGACACCAACGCUUCCUUCCUCUCCACCGACCAGAAAGCGGGCCAGACUGCAACGAAGAGUGUAG